AUUUUGCUGUAGUUAACACAUUCAGUGCUGUCAAACUAUCUUACAGUUCCUUGUCUUUUCUCCUUGUAGGUGUAUGGCCAACUUCCAGGAUUUAAAGAUGGAGACUUCACUCUGUAUCAGUCCAAUGCCAUGUUGCGCCUUCUUGCCAGGAAUCAUGAUCUGUAUGGGAAAAAUCCUCGUGAGGCAAGCCUCAUAGACAUGGUUAAUGACGGAGUGGAAGAUCUUCGGCAUAAGUAUUUGAAGAUGAUCUAUCAGAACUAUGAGAAUGGAAAAGAUGAUUACGUUAAGGCUCUGCCCACUGACCUUGGUCACUUUGAACGUCUGCUUGCCUCUAAUAAUGAGGGAAAGGGGUUUGUGGUAGGAGCUCAUAUUUCCUUUGCCGAUUACAACCUGGUGGAUCUUCUGCACAACCAUCUUGUUCUGGCACCAGACUGCCUUUCAGGCUUCCCACUCCUCUGUGCCUAUGUCAAACGCAUUAGUAGCCGUCCCAAGCUUGAAGCAUAUCUCUCCAGUGAUGCCCACAAGAAGAGACCAAUCAAUGGCAAUGGCAAGCAGUGAGAAUUGAGGAAAGUGGAAAAGGUUAUGAAUCCAGACUACAAUAAAACCGUAAAGUCAGAAUCUAGUAAUGUACGUAGAUGUGCCUACUGCCACUCUCCAUGUGUCCUAAAGAGAAUUUUAUUGGCACCUCUGAUAGUUUUACAAUCCAUGUUACUGUAGGUUGUUACUAGAUAUAAGCUGUGAAUAGUUAUUACUGGUUUCUCCUGGAUUGUUGAAAAAUAAAAUAUUUUGAAAGGUG